GGGCGCAGCAGGGAAACCGUGGAUCCAAGCCAACCAUGAGGCCUCUCACCUGCGUCUUCUUCCUCCUGCUGCCACUCAUCCCGUCAAUGUGCGUGUGCUCCACUUUAGAAGACACAUGCAAAUCCUUCGCGGCUGGCCACCCGUCCAUCGGCUACAACUACUGCGUCAAGACCUUCCGCGCCGACAACGGGAGCGCCGGUGCCGACGCGCGCGGGCUGGCCGCCAUCGCCGCCAGGAUCGCGGGGGCGGCCGCCAACGGCACGGCGGGGCGCAUCGCCGCUCUGAUGCGCGCCUCGGAGUCGGAGGAGGACGCGCGGCGGCGGGAGCGGCUGGGCGUGUGCGCCGAGGUGUACUCGGACGCCGUGGAGCAGCUGGGCGAGGCCGCCAAGGACAUCGAGGAGGGCGGGGCGACGGCGCAGGACGCGGUGAUCACGCGGCUCAGCGCGGCGCUGGACGCGGCCGGGACGUGCGAGGACGCGUUCGGCGAGGCCGACGACACGUCGCCGCUGGCCGCCGAGGACGCCGAGUUCACCAAGCUGGCCACCAUCGCCCUCGCCGUCGCGGCGUCGCUGGCACGGCCGGCCUCUGUCUCGCGGCCAAGGAUCAGUGACUGAUAGACACUAUACUUGUGUAUUGAGCAUGAAUGCUUAAGCAGUGGAGUUAAGAUUUUUCGAUGCUUUAUUACUAGUUUGUGAGAUUGUAACCUUUUUUUCGUUGGCCGUGUUUGAUUGUGUAGUACUAGUGGCAUGCAUGCAGUGUGAUGGUGUAGUGGGCGAGUGGCCUGCGUGCAUGCAAAUUUGUCUCGCGCUUUUUUCGGAACGUGCUGUGUUAGCUGUACUGUGCAUGUGUAUGAAACGUUGAGUGGAAGCAAGGCAUGCUGCCUCGCACUUUCGACUUCC